UACAAAGUUAGGUUGCCUCUGUGGGGAGAAGAGGCUAUGCAGGCACAGCUCCAAUCCAGCUGUAGAAACAUUGACAUCUAUAAGUAGAUUGCUGGGGGCAUGUAGGAGAAGGGCUACAAGAGGGACCAGCCACACUACCAUGUGAAAGCCAAAGACUUGCACCAGAAGGCAAGGGCGGCCAGCGAUCGAUCUGGUGCAGAGCCACAGACCUGCCACUUUUACAAAGAGCUUCAUGCCAUCAGUAGAGACCUCACCACCACCUCCAAGAGCUCGGUGAAUACUUCGGAGGAGCCUGAGUCACAGGCGCCUGCCAUGAACAGCAAGGAGGAGGAAGUGGACAAGGAAGAGUAUGGGGAAAAGGCAACUGGGGCACAGGCAACUGGGGGAUCCAGCUGUGAGAGCCAGGACAUGUUUUACUUCACCAAGCCAGUCCCGACAGUCGAGCACGGGCAAUCCUAAUGCUGAGGAAGGAACCUCUGUGUCUCAAGAGGAAAGAUCUGUUUUGUGUAGCAAUAAUUGGUUUCCACAGAGCUGUCCCAAUGACAGAGCUAUCUGCACACCUACCUCAGUUCCAGCAUGGGCAGCUGACAGAAAACUUCCCUGACAACCACCUGAGCAAUACUAAUGACAACAGUGAGAGGCGACGCCAUGAUAAUAGUGAGCGAAGGCGCAAUGACAACCCUGAAUCAGAGACUAAUGGGCAGCCACAGAAUAGGGUGCAGCAAGUGGUGGAACAGGACGAAGAAGAUGAGGAGUUGACAUUGAAAUAUGGGGCAAAGCAUGUGAUUAUGCUCUUUGCACCUGUCACACUUUGCAUGGUGGUAGUUGUUGCAACCAUCAAGUCUGUCAGCUUUUAUACACGCAAGGAUGGACAGCUUAUCUACACUCCGUUCACUGAAGACACAGACACUGUGGGACAGAGAGCCCUGAACUCUAUUCUCAAUGCUGCCAUCAUGAUCAGUGUCAUCAUUGUCAUGACCAUACUCCUGGUUGUGCUUUACAAAUACAGGUGCUAUAAGGUGAUCCAUGGCUGGCUUAUAAUUUCUUCUCUAUUGCUGCUUUUCUUUUUCUCAUUCAUCUACUUGGGUGAGGUUUUUAAGACCUAUAACGUUGCCAUGGACUACAUUACCCUCGCGCUCAUGAUCUGGAACUUCGGUGUGGUGGGAAUGAUCUGCAUUCACUGGAAAGGCCCGCUCCGGCUCCAGCAAGCAUAUCUCAUUAUGAUCAGUGCUCUCAUGGCCCUGGUAUUCAUUAAAUACCUUCCUGAAUGGACUGCGUGGCUUAUCCUAGCUGUGAUUUCAGUAUACGAUCUGGUUGCUGUCCUAUGUCCUAAAGGUCCUCUUCGUAUGUUGGUUGAAACAGCUCAAGAGAGAAAUGAAACACUCUUCCCAGCACUUAUUUACUCCUCAACGAUGAUAUGGCUAGUGAACAUGGCUGAGGAAGACCCGGAAGCCCAACGGAAAGCUUCGAAAAGCUCCACUUAUGAUAAACAAGCCGCAGCGAACCAGAUUCAGAAUGAAGAUGCUGACAUGGAUGACGGAGGUUUCAAUCCGGAAUGGGAGCAACAAAGGAAUAGCAGAAUAGGGCCCCUUGAAUCCACUCCUGAAUCCCGGGCUGCUGUUCAGGCUCUCCCUAGUAACUCCCAAACCAGCGAGGACCCAGAAGAGAGGGGAGUAAAGCUCGGUUUAGGAGAUUUCAUUUUCUACAGUGUUCUGGUUGGCAAGGCCUCAGCAACAGCAAGUGGAGACUGGAACACAACUUUAGCCUGUUUUGUAGCUAUACUAAUUGGUCUGUGCCUUACUCUACUGCUUCUUGCCAUCUUUAAGAAGGCUUUACCAGCUCUUCCAAUCUCCAUAACCUUUGGGCUCGUUUUCUACUUUGCCACAGAUAACUUGGUGCAGCCCUUUAUGGACCAGCUAGCAUUCCAUCAGUUUUAUAUCUAGCACAGUUGAAGUUGAUAUUCUAUGGACAUUUAUAUUGACUCUAGAAAAUCUGGGAGGAAAAAGGGAUUUUUACUUGGUCCUCACAUGACAGUGAAGUUCAAUGCUCAAGAUUUCUGGCCUGAAUCAUUGCAACUUCCUCCCAUGUUUUCCUGAGCUACUGCACUGGGUACCAUAUGAUUCUUCUGUGUAAAAAGGGUUUUUUCUCAAUGGAUGGACUAACUUGGAUGCCAUUAUGUCAUAAGCAAUCUCUAAAUGAUAACAUGUAAUAAGGACCACCUGUGUAAAAGCUGCUAAUGCUUCUACCAGCAACGUGAGCCCUGGGUAUAGGUUGAUAUUUUCCCAACGCUGAAGGCACUCAGACUGCCAUGAGGUUAAACAAAGGAAGUUAGCAAAGUUCUGUUUGAUUUGACAGGUAAACCAUUUGAAGAGAGUCAAUCCAAUAUAAACCUUUAAAGCAAUGUUUUUCACCAGUUGAGUCCUGACCCCACUUUGGGUCAUUAGGAAAAGGCCAGGUAUUGCAACAAUGGGACCGAAGGAGAAAGAAUAGUCUCUCCUAAAGAGAGUUCCACCCCUUAAUAGCCUCUGUGCCUAAGUGUGCUUGGUUUUGAUAAGUCUAAAAGCUUAUUUUCACACUGGAACAAGAGCCUGUACUCAAAUUUACUAACACUUUGCAUUCUCAAGCACAGAGCGUGCAUCCUGUACUACCGCUGCCAAUUUCUAAUGUAGCUACCAAGGCUUGGACUGAAUAGUUUGGAACAAGUCAAUCGUGAGGUCCUAACAUGGAUCCUUGUAGAAGGUUGGAGGACUAAUACUCUAAAAUUUUCUUUACUAAAAUUACAUGACAAUUUCUGGAUUUAUUUUUGUCGUCUUGCUAAUCUUUGCUAGAAUAACAUCAGUUCAAACCCUGCCUUUAGAUGGCAAUUUGCCACACAGGACUGCAUUGCUCUGAGUUCCCGUUCUCCCCCACUGGAUCUUUGGGCAUAUGAAAUAGGCAGACAUUUGCAGCAGCAUCUCCAUCCAAAGCAUUCCAGGAUUUUAACCUUCUAUUGUCAGGUGUAGAGAAAUGGAGAGUUAUUUUUAGUAACAUUCUGCAGUUUCCUUCAAACCUUUCUCUCCAAAAACAUAUAGUUGAAAGGAUCUGGAUUACAGCAAAUUAAAAUGAAGGGCAAUGUUUUUCCUAAGUAACAGUCAGUUGACUUCUCUGUUACAUGUUAAUCUUUAGUAUCAGCCGUUCAAGUUUAUUUCAGGCUAACACCUAACGCUGAGUGAUUUUAUUUUAUGUAGUGUAUUGAUAAAUGAAUAUUCAUUAGUCAAGUGAGACAUCACUUAGUGUUGCUUGGGAAUAAAAAGUAUGGCCUUUUUUCCCAGUUAUAGUGAGGCGUGAUGUAAUACGAGAUUGGAGAAACCUGGAGAAGCUUAAGAAGGGAGAAGAGAGUCCCAGAACAGCUGAAAGGAGGCCUAUGGGUUGUUAGCCUUUAUACAAAGUGAAAAAUUGAAACUAAACUUAAUUAACCCCACCUUAAUUUGUUUUGUUGUCAUUCUUUAUUUAAAACUACAAUGAUUUGGUGUUUGGUGAACAUUUUUUAGAAUGGGACAUUUUUGGGAGGAUGAGAUUGGAGAAAAACAUUUUGUGUAAGUGAAGAGCCUGGUUUUGGUGCAGCUGAGCUCAAUGAAGCAUAGAGUGGAUGGAAAGGUUUGACUGUUGAUGGCAUUGCAGUUCAUGUAAGUUUAAUAUUGGACACCUAAUGGACAAAACCAGUAUAAACAGAGCCUCUGAAGUAAACUUUUUCCCCUCCAGAAGGAGCUCAACUUCAGAAAACUUGGAGUAGUAAUAGGACUGAGACGUCAUGCACGUUUUCAAGUUGUUGUUUGAGUACUGGGUAAUAUGUUGAGGUGUUUGCAUUUGUGUUGCAUACCAAGAAGGCUUUGCUUUCUUUAACUGCCUCAUCUUUAAUGUCCUUGGGAACUUCUAUGUAUUGCCCAGUGAAAUCUCUACUAGCCACAGAAUGUUGCACCUGGAAAUCAGGGCAGUUACAUCAAAUAAGGUGCGCACACACUUCUAAUCUGAAAGUAUUUGCAUUCUAGGUAGUGGCUGCAUUUGCCUGUUGAAUUCAUUAUGGAUAGCAUUAAUAAAGUAACCACAUCUUGGUACUCAUUCUGGCUGUCUAGGUCAGAACUGCCUGUGUAAUUGUAAGGACUAGUUCAUUGUCCCAGAUAUUACUUGAGUGGAACUUCAUUUAAAAUUGGAUUUUUAAUACAAAGUUUUCUACAGUUUGAGUUUUCUUUACUGUUGUUACUUGAUCCUCUCAUCAGCAUUAAUCUCUGAGAAAUUCAGCUGUUUUUUUUUUUUUUGUUGGGCAUUCUAACUAUUGCUUGUUCUUUAUAUAGAAAAGGAUUGCCAAAAGUUGGUACCACUAUCAUCUGUUUGUACAUUUGAGCCAAGUCUCAGUUAACAGAGUUAUUAGUAAAAUGCAGAGGUUAUCUUUUGUUAGAAAUAGUCACUGCUGGAACUCUGACUCCCUUAGCGCCCAAUCUAAUGCCUGUUGAAGUAAACAGGAAACUUUGUAUUUACUUCACUGAGUGUUGAAUUUGGCCCUUGAAGAACAACUCAGAAUCCUCAAAACAUUUAAAUUGCCAGUCUUCCACUGCCUAAAAUUCUGCCAUCCUGGAGUUUUAAUUUCUAGCUAUGUUACAGAAGGUUGUGGUGGAGAUUAUACACCAAUAUAAUAACAUCAAGCCUUGAGUACACUUGCUAAAGCCAGGAAAUGCAAAAGUAAGAUUGAAACUCUUUCCUGAAUUUGCCCUUUUACACCGAAGUACAGUAGCACAUGUGCUGAAUGCGAUACUGUGAUGCUAAACCACUUCUUAAUUAACCCUUCUGGACCAAGUACUGAAUAGUGUUCAUUGUGCAUUUCCUGAAUUUGGAGUUUAAUGCACAAGUAUGAAGUUAAGUCCUAUCAUAAUUUCUCUUCUACCCUUCCAUAAAAAUACAAAUCUAAUUUGUUGUUGGAUUAUUUCAAUCUGGUCUACUUUGUAUAAUCCAGAGAUUUCUGGUAUCUUUUAUAGCUCUUUGAGGGGGUUAUUGAUUCCUAAAUUAGAACACUAUUGACAACACCUCAAUCUGCAGAAGCUCUUAGCUUUUAUUGUGUUAUCCCAGGAGCUGUGGCUCUUUCUCCUCUGUGUUCCAAACAUGUCUGUCACAUUUGAUUCACCAGUAAUUGUUGUGGCUUCAAGACUAAAUUCUGUCAUCUUUGAUCGCUUCCCUACUUCUCAAACUUUCCUAAGCGAUUAGUCCCUUUUCGUGGCUACUCAUCUGCAAAAUGUCAUAAACCAAAACCUCAAGUUGUAAGAGUGCUUAAAAAUGUCCGCUUGGAUUUAUACCAUGUGUUUUCUUCCUCAUUGCUUUUAUUUUCAGAUUUAGUCCAGAGCAGAUAGGUAUAACAGAUAGUUGUAAAUAGGGAAUUAUUUUCAUGGCUAUACUGAAUGCUGCUACUAUAAAUAACUGGAAGCUCCUGACUGUGGUGCAUCUGCGUUCAGAUGUAGUCAGUGUAGGGCGAGUCUGGAGGUCGAGGUGCUUGUGUAGAGAGCGCCAUGUUCAAACUGUCCUGGGAGCAAAUCCUGAUUUGAAGCCAAAUACUCAAGGGCUGAACUCUGCUGAAAGUGGCUAACCUCCUUGGAGUAAAAAGCAGACCAUGCAUUUGUUGUUUGGACUCUGGUACUGUACAUGGCAACUGUUCUGCCAUUACCACAGUGAGAGAGAAUUAUCCUGGACUACAUUUGAGUGGAAUUUCCGGACGGAUGAAGAAGUGUUAGGAAACUUCUCAAAACACUUAAAUAAAAAGGGGCAGGGGGGAACUGUUUUGACAGCUAUGCUGUUGAGACCAGUAUAAUGAAGACUGUGGAACACGUCUGCACUAUGGUAGUAUCUUGUUUUACAGCAUAAAUUUGGUCAUUGGGAAUGCUGGAAUAUGAAUUGGAAUUGGAUUAUUUUACACUCAAGCAUUUGCUGUUUUCUUUUUUACAGACACUGGUUUGUACAUAAUCUGAAUUGAAUGUGAAUAAGUUUUUUUAAACACCUUUCCAAUCCUUGAUAAAACACAGUUUUGAUAGAUUAUUGCAAAUUUUCCUUUGUCUAAUCAUUUAAAAUAAAGAAUGCAUGGAUCUUAA